UAGUCUCGUGGGGAGUGCGGCUACGUCACAGACGGGAUUUUUGUAGGUAUGUAUAUCGCUAGGAAUGGCUCGAUUGGCCAACAAAAGCCUUGUUGGCGGCCAUUUUGUUCGAUGCUGAGUCACCAAAAGGUGAAAAAUGUACGAGAACCGCACUCCCCACGAGACUACACAACGGUAUUGGGCAUUUCCCUCGUGAACACAAAAUUUGGGUUUCAUGUUCCCACCGAACCGCAGCGUGGAAACAAAAGUAUUUUUUUGCGAUAACCAGGAAAAUUCGGCAUAUUAAUUGAAUUCUAGUGAAUAUUCAUAUGCCGGGUUAACCAGAAAAUUAAAAGUUGCAAACGUCAAGACGGAUAUAAACAAGUUACCCGAGACCCUCGGGUCGGGCAGACUAGCAUCAGCCUAAUCAAGUUAGACCGUCUUAUGUGUGAUUAUAAUAUCGCUGAUAACAAUAAAAUAACCCGUUGUGUGCGCCGUGCAUCGCUGAUCUGUCAAAUAGUGCAGUGAUAACUCGAUGUGUGCUAUCGGUGCCAAUGUUUACCAUGUGUGAAUACCAAGUGGAGUUCAAACUUUCCAAAGGGACACCAUGUAGCAGGGAUUUGCAGUGAUUAUGAACGGAUAAAACUAAUAAGUAUUCCUUAUAUUUGAUUUAUAAAACUCGUCAAAAUGACGGAAAGUGCACCAGUGCAGGUGAAAACCGAGCGGCCCGAUGAGGCUGAAAUCAGGGAGUUGGCGGCAAAGAUGGUGGAGGCGAACAAAGCGAAGGCUUUGGCGGCUUCCGCGGCUGCGGCGCGGCCUCAGCCGGGUGCUAUGAUGGGCGCCGUGCCUGCUGGUGUCGGUGGGCAGUUGGGCAUCCUUAACUUCCUCACGAGAAAGCCAGGCGCCGCUCAGGUCACGGAACCGCGCCCCGUCAGCGACGACAAAAAGACCCCGGCGCCCGACGAGGCGAGCUGGAAAGGCCACUUCGGCUGGGACCAGCUCGGCAAGUGCCACAUCCCCUACAUCUACCGGUCCGGAGAGAAGUACGUGGCCGUCCGGAUGGUGGAGAUCAAGCUCCUCAACAAGUACCUGAACUACCUUCACGCGGACAUCUACUCCUGUACGUGUAUACGAAGUUACUACAUCACUGAAAUAGAGGCUAGAUUACUAAACGAAAUCAACAACAGGCAUUGUGACGGACAGUUUGGUCGGGAGCCGUUCACCCAAAAAGACUUAGUAGUGAGGUUAUCCGAUGCUGGAGAGUUCUAUAACUUUUUAGAUGUGUGUUAUAAUAAGUUGCUAAGGGGCACAACCAAUAACAAGGACAAGUGUGGUUUUAUUAGGAUUAACAAAGAGUCUGUAGUUCCAUAUACAGUGCGGGAUAAUCAAAAGUUUGUUCCGUUGUUCUACUUUGAGGGUGAGACGGACAAUUUGAAAUUAAAAGCGGACCAAUUGAAAGGCUGGGACUUGUCGUACCUGAAGUUCUGUUGUAAAGUGCAGGGUAUUAGAAACGAACUGUUUGCCAGUGAGACGUGCUCUGUGAUCAGUUUGACAGACAUCAAGAGUUAUUUUCCCCCUGGUACGGAGUUUGAGGAGUAUUGGCCUAACAAAGUUGUGGAUUCACAGCUCCUGAUCUCAGCCAAAGGCUCAGUAUCGGGCGGUGGGCAAUGGACGCGGGCGCCGCCAGCGCCUCCCCCGGGUGCCGUGGGCGGCGUGGGCAGCGGCGUGUCCAUGGGCAACGUGGGCGCGUCGCGGGGGCGCAGGCCCGCGCAGCGACAUUCAGCUGCGUCGAAUGCGAUGCAGAUGCCCCAUGCGGGGAUAUCCGCGGCUGCCGUUCAAGCGCUGGCCAACGGCUGGAGCUUGCCCGGCACGUUGACGCAGGCGCAGACGCAGCAAGUGCUCAGGCUUGCUCAGGCGCAAGUGGCGGCGCAGGCGCAGGUGGCGGCGGCGCGCUACAACAACGCGGCCAUCGCCGCCGCCGCCGCCAUGCCGCAGCACCGCUCGCAGCAUAACCGCAACGUGCAGUUCCCCAACAGCGCGAUCACCAUGGCGAUGGGGCAGCAGCCGCCGCCGCCGCUCGUGCGCAGCACGGCCAACACCUCCACCAUGAAUGUUCAACCCCAAGUGACAAACUCAAUGAAUGGACACUCGGGCUCGCACACGGUGGACUCGCGGAAGCGGCUCACGCCCAUCCCCGACAUCAGCAUCUCUGGCAAUCAUACGCCUUAUAAGAUUCAUACGGAAGAGCAAGGCCAAAGCAAAGACAAGCGAUCGACGGCUGCAUCUAGCACGCGGCAACAGGACGAGUUGCGCAACUUGCAAAAGCAACAAAAGCAACAACGACCCAGGCAGGAGCAACAGGUGCGGCGACAGAAUCAACAGAAGGGACAUACUUCAGCAACUAGCGCACGGCAAAAAGACGAGUUGCGCAACUUGCAAGAGCAACAAAGCAGGCAAGAACAACACUCGCGGCAACAGAAUCAACAGAAGACAGAAACUGCGGCAACUAGCUCACGGCAAAAAGACGAGUUGCGCAACUUGCAAGAGCAACAAAGCAGGCAAGAACAACACUCGCGGCAACAGAAUCAACAGAAGAGAGAAACUGCGGCAACUAGCUCACGGCAAAAAGACGAGUUGCGCAACUUGCAGACAAAAGAACAAAAACGCAGGCAGGAGGAAAAAGCGCGGUCGCAGGAAAAGCGAACGGAUUCGCGGCUACACAACCGUCAAGAGGAAGAAAAUCAACAAAGACGGAGACAAGAGCUACAGCAGCGUCCAACGUUUUCGACCAACGCACGACAACAAGACGCGUUGCACACCUUCCAAGCGCAACAAAGAUCUAACCAAGCGCAACAAGAGCAACAAAGAUUUAACCGAGCGCAACAAUCGCGCCAACAAGAGCAACAAAGAAAUAACCAAGCGCAACAAGCGCGCCAACAAGUGCAACAAAGAUUUAACCAAGAGCAACAGAAGCGUUCCGCAUUGACAACUGAUGCGCGGCAACUAUACAAGUCACGUUACUACCAAGAGCAAAAAAGAGCCAAGGAAGAGCAACAAGCACGCCAACUGGAACGACAAAAGCGUGUGACAUUAGCAACCAACAGGCGUGAACAGGAAGAACAGCACAAGUUUAAUGGGGCACAACAGAGAUGGCAACAGGGAACUCAGUUACGUUUCCAAGAGGAGCAAAGGAGGAGGCAAGAGCAAGUCCGCAAGAACGAGAUAAACUUAAGGGCUUUGCGUGAAGAGAAACAGAGACAGAGAAAGGAAAGGACAAGGCAAGAACAUGAUCGGUUCCGUUCUAUGCAAGAGAGGGAUAGACGUUACAAAUCUGAUUCGUCUAAGAGAAAUAACUAUCAGACGAUUUCCUAGAUAAAUAAUAAUUAGAACUAAAUAGAUAGAGAUAAACCCUUGGGUUUCGCGUGUGACUACGGAACCCCAAGUGCCUUGGUGCUGUGACAAUAUUGAAAGCAUAAAAUGCUUAAUAUUAUAUGUAGGUAUAUUAUUUUAUUAGGUAUAUACUAUAUAUAAUAUGUAUAUUCCUCCGAUAUGAUAGUCGGAGACGUUUGUUACUUAAUUUUGCAAAGAAAAGUCCUGUCUUGUGCGAUUUUUUGAAAGGAACAGAACAGUAUAAUUUUUAUGUAAGUUAAUCUUGAUAUUCUAUAAUAUUAGACAACAUUGGGUCUUUAUAUCGUCUUGUUUAUCAUAUA